AUGGCGACGACGACGACGACGCGGGCGCGGGCGGUGGGGACGACGAUGACGACGUCGCGCGCGCCGCGGCGUCGCGCGCGCGCGCGCGGGCGGGCGCGCGCGGUGAAGGAGGAGAAAUUUCGCGUGCGGGAUGAGGAGACGGCGCUCGGACGAGACGCGCGGGUGGGGAUCCUGGGCGGCGGACAGCUCGGACGCAUGUUGGGGAUCGCGGCGUCGCCGAUGGGGGUGCGAUUGAAGGCUUUGGACCCGACCGAGAACUGCCCGGCGAGCGUGUCGUCGACGCAGGUCGUCGGGAGCUUUCGGGAUAAAGAGGCUGUGAAGGCUUUCGCGCGGGAGUGCGACGUGCUCACGGUUGAAAUCGAGCACAUCGACGUGGAGGCGCUGAGGGAGCUCGCGGCGGAGGGUGUGGACGUGCAGCCGACGCCGGAGACGCUGGCGACGAUUCAGGAUAAGUACGCGCAAAAAGUGCACUUCUCGCAGGCGGGCGUGCCUCUGGGACCGUUCGCGGACUGCCCGGAUGAGGCGGCGCUGCAAAAGGCGGCGAGUGAAUUUGGGUUUCCGCUCAUGCUCAAGUCGAAGCGUUUGGCGUACGAUGGUCGAGGGAACGCGGUGGCGAAGACUGCCGCCGAUCUGAACGACGCCGUGGUCAAGCUCGGCGGGUUUGAGCAAGGUUUAUAUUGCGAGAAGUGGGUGCCGUUUGCGAAGGAGCUGGCGGUGAUGGUCGUGCGCGCGCGAGACGGCGAGACGCGCGCAUACCCCGUCGUGGAGACGGUUCACGAGGAUAAUAUUUGCGACAUCACCACGACUCCCGCACCGGUUCCGAACAAGGUCGCCGAGGCGGUUCAAGAGGCGGCCAAGAAGGCGAUCGGUUCGUUUACGGGUGCGGGCAUUUUCGGCGUCGAGUUGUUCCUCUUGCACGACGGCUCCAUUCUGCUCAACGAGUGCGCGCCGAGGCCGCAUAACAGCGGACACUACACCAUCGAGGGCUGCGCGUGCUCGCAAUACGAGAACCAUCUGCGCGCGAUCUUGGGCUGGCCUCUGGGAGACACCUCGCUGAAGGUUGGCGGAGCCGUGAUGAAGAACAUUUUGGGUGACGCCGAGGGCGACGAGGCAAUGUCUCGCGCACACCGCCUCAUGGGCGCGGCGUUAGAGGUCCCGGGCGCGAGCAUUCAUUGGUACGAAAAGCCGGAUAUGAAGGCUGCGCGUAAGAUGGGUCACAUCACCGUCGUCGGACCGAGUGCGGCGGUGGCCACGGAGCGCUUGGACACAAUCCUGCGCGCCGCCAAGGGCGACCAUACGCCCGCCAAGCCGGCGCCUCAGGUGGGCAUCAUCAUGGGUUCGGAUAGCGACUUGCCUACGAUGAGCGCCGCCGCGGAGGUCUUGGAAUCAUUCGGCAUCGGUUGCGAGGUCACGGUGAUCUCUGCUCAUCGAACGCCCGAUCGCAUGAACGAUUACGCCAAGAGCGCGCACACGCGCGGUAUUCGAGCCAUUAUCGCUGGCGCCGGCGGCGCCGCGCAUCUUCCCGGAAUGGUGGCCGCCAUGACUCCGCUCCCCGUCAUCGGUGUUCCUGUGCCGCUGAAGUACCUCGACGGCAUGGACUCCCUCCUCUCCAUCGUUCAAAUGCCCAAGGGCGUUCCCGUGGCCACCGUCGCCAUCGGGAACAGCGCCAACGCCGGACUCAUCGCCGCCCGCAUCGUCUCCGCGUACGAGCCCACCGUUCUGUCUAAGAUGUUAGCCUACCAGGAAGACAUGGAGAACGUGGUGUUGAACAAGGCGAGUAAGCUCGAAGACCUCGGCUACCGAGCCUACCUCGACCAAAUGUAA